AUGACAUCCUCAGACGACGUACUUUCCCAAAUCCUUACCGCUAUCAAAACCCUCCAUGAUGAUCACCAAGCUCUUGCCAAAACUGUCGAUUCCUCAAAUGACAAAAUUGGCCGUGUUCUCGUCGAUUUUGAAUCCCGUCUCUCCACCCUCCAACGCGCUGUCAAGGGUUCCUCCAAAACCCCCCUAGUUCCUGAUAGUGUGUCUACUGAAACUAUAGCUAAACUUCAAUCUGAUGCUGCUGCUUCUUCUGCUUCUUCUGCCUCUUCCCCUCCAUCAGCUGCUAUCAGUCCUAACGCAUCCUCUUUAAGCCUCGCUUCAAUGGCCACUGGAGGGAAACUUACCGAGCGCCGUUACUCUAAUAAUGACCCUUCCAAGUGGCCUAACCGUAUCACAAUCACUACUUACCCAGGCCAAGUCGGUAUUGACCCCAUUCCAUUUCAAUGGGGUGCUGCAGACCCUAAAAUCCGUGGUCCUGUGGUUGUUUCACGUGCCCCCUCUACUAUUAAACGCCGCAACGCCCUAGGUGCCCAUUUCGGCUCUUAUAGUGUUUACCAGGCCCUUGCAGUCGCCAUGAAUGACUUGCCUGUAAAUCAUAUCCCGGAUUUUACCAACUCCCAACCCCCAGUAUCUAUGGGACCUUUCCCACAAUGGAGUGACCCCAAGAAAAUCGUCUCCAUCGACCCAUUUGGCCAUUUAGCUCCCUGGCUCUUUGAAGAUUAUAUCAAGUCUGGUAUUGAUAUCCGUCCAACCAUGGCCAUCACCAAGGCUCAUAUGCAACUAGCAGAAAUCCGCGAAAUGGUUGAAAAGGGUGAAUUGAAGGUUGACGGUAAAAUUGUUUUGAAUGAUAUUGGAGAUUUGGCCGUCACUAAGGUUGCCGUAGAACCCGUAUGGUACCUUCCUGGAGUUGCUGAACGUCUUGGUGUAGAUGAGGGCACACUUCGUCGCAAUCUAUUUGAAGUCAUGGGUGGAUCAUAUCCUGAACUGAUUACCCGCAACGACAUUAAAGUAUUUUUGCCACCCAUUGGUGGCCAAACUGUUUACAUUUUUGGUGACCCUGCCAAGGUAAGCCAAAAGGACGUGAAGCUGGCCUUGCGCGUCCAUGACGAGUGCAAUGGUUCUGACGUUUUUGGUUCAGAUAUUUGCACUUGUCGUCCAUACCUAUUGUUUGGAAUUGCAGAAGCUGUUAAAGAAGCUCAGAAUGGUGGUAGUGGUGUUGUGAUUUACUUUCGCAAGGAAGGUCGUGCACUUGGAGAAGUGACCAAAUAUCUUGUGUAUAAUGCACGCAAGCGUGGUGGCGAUACAGCGGCCGAGUACUUUAAACGUACAGAAAACAUUGCGGGAGUUAAAGAUAUGAGAUUCCAAUUGCUUAUGCCGGACAUUUUGCACUUUUUAGGAAUCACAAAGAUUGAUCGCAUGUUAUCCAUGUCCAAUAUGAAACAUGAUGCUAUUGUGGAGCAAGGUAUUCCAAUUUUAGAACGUGUGCCUAUUCCUGAGGAAAUGAUUCCCGAUGAUUCACGUGUGGAGAUUGAUGCAAAGAUUCAUUCUGGGUACUUUACUACUGGAAAGGUCUUGACAGCUGAAGAACUUAAAAAUGUAAAAGGCCGUAAUUGGGAAGAUAUUGAUCAUUAA